GGCGCUUCAUCUGCCCCACGUGUAACUUCAGCACCAAGACCUCGCAGGCCAUGGCCAACCACGCCAAGACGCACAACCGCACCAAACCGCCCGCCCGCCGCAAGUCCCAGCGCGCCCCGUACUCCCCCGACACGGACCCCCCCGGCCCGAGCCCCCCCGGCGCCCAGUCGGGGGCCACCUCGUCUUCCACGCAGCACCUCCAUCUCCCGCCUGAGGUGACCCAGACCUCGAGGCCCACCCUGGACCGGUCCAGGUUCGACCCGGGGUUGACCAAGGAGCUGGUGUUCAAGUGUAUUGGGAACCGGAGAACCAACCGGCGAGAACGGGUCUGGACCGAAGGGACACGGGCCGGGCCUAGAGCAGAGGGCAGGAGGCGUCCCGGGGUGACGGAGGAGGAGGAGGAGGAGGAGGAGGAGGAGGAGGGAGGAGGAGUAGGAGGAGAGCUCCGGGCUGUGGCGGAACAGAAGUCUUCUGGGAGGUUGAAGUCUCACACAAGGCCCGCUUUCACACAAGAUGCCUCGGGUUUAACCCAAAGUUCUGCCGCGUCACCUCCUCUGGAGAAGACCGUGAAGGAGGAGGAAGAGGAGGAAGAGGAGGGAGCAGAGCAGAACGGCCGGCUCUCCUUCUUACGGAGGAGGAACCGCCUCCUGGCACCCGCUGAGGAGGACAGCGAGGAGGAGGAGGAGGACAUCGACGAGGAGCAGAUGCAGCGCUUCCUGUCGGAGGCCAUCUUGGAGGAAGAGGAGGAGGAGGUGGACGAGGAGACGGGCCGCCCCCGGAGCGUGGAGAGGAGGUGCCCCUACUGCCCCGACCGCUUCCACAACGGCAUCGGGCUGGCCAAUCACGUGAGGGGGCACCUGAACCGCGUGGGCGUCAGCUACAACGUGAGACACUUCAUCUCCGCGGAGGAGGUCAACGCCAUCGAGAAGAAGUUCUCCUACCAGAAGAAGAGGAAGAAAGUGGCUAACUUCGACCCGGACACGUUCAGCGUGAUGCGCUGCGAGUUCUGCGGCGCGGGCUUCGACACGCGGGCGGGGCUGUCCAGCCACGCACGCGCCCACCUCAGGGACUUCGGCAUCCUGAACUGGGACGUGACGGUCUCGCCCAUCAGCAUCCUCAGGGAGAUGUUCUCCUCCCGGCCCGACCUGGUCAUCCCCACAGCCCCGCCCCGCAGCCCCCCCUCUCCCGGACCCCUGGACCCCUGCGGAGACGACGAGGACGACGAAGACGAGGAGGAGGAGGAUGAAGAGGAGGAAGAGGAGGAGGAGGAAGAACAGGGACGGGGGAAGAGGGUGAAGUUGGAGGAGGAGUCGGGUGGAGGUGGAGGAGGAGUAGCAGGAGCCAAGGUCGCGAGGAACAAGUUCAGAGUACUGCCCCCGGCCUGGAGCCGAGGGGAGGAGGAGGAGGAGGAGGAGGGAGAACCAGGAGGUCAUGCGGGGGGACUAGAGGCGGACGACGAGACAUUGUUUCGGAUCCCCGGGUCGGACGCGGUGGUCUCCAGCGCUCCAGAGGAGGCAGACGACAAGGCCGCUCCAGACCUGACGUGCCGUGUGUGCAGUCUGCGGUUCGAGACGCGGCGGGGUCUCUCCAGCCACGCCCGCUCCCACCUGCGGCAGCUGGGCGUGUCGGAGGGCAGCGGGGCCCCCAUCAACCUGCUGUACCGGGUCAUCCAGGAGCGCCUGGGGCCCCCGGACCCCGCCGCCCCGGGCCGGGACCCCGACCUCGAGGACGACAUGGACUUCGAGGAGAAGCCCCUCCCACUCUCCAUCCUGGCCAAAAUGGCACCGUCCCCGUCCCCGUCGUCGUCGCUGACCUCGGUGCUCAUGGGGCCCCCGGGGGCCUACCCCCCGCGGCUCCUCUCCUCGGUGGUCCGGAAGGCGCCUGUCUCCUCGCUGCUCCCCGUCUCCUCCCCGCUGCGCUCCCCCGACCACAAGGGCAGCGGGGUCAAAGCUGUGACCUCUCACCUCUCUCUGGCCGGAACCGCCCCCUCCACCAAGCCCUUCUGGGCCCCCCAGGAGUCGGACGCCCCGCUCAACCUCACCCUGGAGGGAGACCCCAGCAAGGACAUCAUCUGCCACCUGUGUGGUGCUUGGUUCGAGACCCGGAAGGGGCUGUCCAGCCACGCCCGGGCCCACCUGCGGCACUUCGGGGUGGAGUACUCGGAGUCCAAGGGCUCCCCCAUCACGCUGCUCAACCAGCUCAUCCACACCGACGACUUCAAGCACAAGGCCAGCGUCCUGCAGGCCACGCCCCCCGGCCCCCAGGGCCCCGCCUCCAAGCGGCCACUCCUCGCCUCCUCCUCGCUCCUCUUCAAGGGGGCGGGGGGGUCCCCCUCCUCCAAAGCUACCUCCAUGUCCUCCUUGCUGGGACCCUCCGCCAAGCGGCCCAAGUCCUCCAUCCAGGUGUUCCGGCUCAGCAGCGGGGAGCUGCUCACUCUUCCUCACAAUGAACCUCCAAAGGAGAUCGGCUGCGAGUUCUGCGGCGAGUUCUUCGAGAACCGCAAGGGCCUGUCGAGCCACGCCCGCUCCCACCUGCGGCAGAUGGGCAUCACGGAGUGGUCGGUGAACGGCUCGCCCAUCGACACGCUGCGGGAGGUCAUCGCCAAGCGGGGGCUCCCCUGUGCACUGCCCCUCAAACCCCGCAAGACCCCGCCCCCGUCCUCUCCCGGCCCCCCCCGCUCCCCGCUGGCGGCGGCCUCCUCCUCGCCGCCUGCCUCCGCCCCCCUGCUGGGCCGUCUUCCCUUCGCCUUCGCCCGGCCCUCCAGCCCCCACCCCCCCGCCGGGUGCCGGACCUCCCGGGCCACGCCCCCCUCGGCCCCGCCCCUCUCCUCCUCCGGGGGCGUGGUCCUGAAGCCCAAGCCGGAGCCGGAGCCGCUGGAGGUCACCAUGCCCGGGGCCGUGGGCGCGUCCGGGGGGCUUCCUGCCGAACCGCUCAACUGCAGCUGGAACAGCAGCGACAACAUGCUGCCCCUCAACCUGGUGGUGUCCCACGAGACGGAGCCCCCGCGGGAGAUCCAGUGCGAGUUCUGCGGCGAGUUCUUCGAGAACCGCAAGGGCCUGUCGAGCCACGCCCGCUCCCACCUGCGGCAGAUGGGCAUCACGGAGUGGUCGGUGAACGGCUCGCCCAUCGACACGCUGCGGGAGGUCAUGACCAAGAGGGGGGACGCCCUGCCCCCCGACCGGGGGGUGAAGAAGGAGGCGGGGAGGCGGGGCGCGGCCAGCCCCGUCUGGGGGGACCCCCCCGGGGGGCCCGGCAGUUCCGAGGGGCCCGGGGGCCCCGGCUUCCAGCUCACCAAGUUCCGGAAGUCGCCGCUGAGCCUGCUGCACUCCCGGCUCCAGAAGCAGAGUGCGGCGGUGGGGGGGCUGGCCCCGGGGGGGAAGGGCCUCCAGGGGCCCCCCCUGGGCAGCAGGGCCCCGCUGGAGGAGCCGGGGCUGGCCGGGCAGGCGCCCCCACUACUGCCCAAGGCCCUCGCCGCCCUGCCGCCCGGCUUCCUCUUCAAGAGGAAGGGGUCCCCCGACAAACACGGAGCCUCACCCCAGGACGCCAGUUGCGAGCUGUGCGGGUUCUACUUUGAGAACCGGAAGGCGCUGGCCAGCCACGCCCGGGCCCACCUGCGUCAGUUUGGCGUGACGGAGUGGUGCGUGAACGGCUCGCCCAUCGAGACGCUCAGUGCCUGGAUGCGCACGCGGCCGCAGAAGGUCCUGGAGAUGCACCGCAGCUACAUGCAGGUCAACCGCUCCAGCCUGAAGAAGAAGAACGUCUCCCCUCUGUCCCCGUCGUCGGACCACCUGAUCUCCAUCCCCGCCCUGAAGCCCUCCUCCUCCUCCACCUCCUCCGGCUCCUCCCCCUGGUCCUCCUUGGCCCCGCCCCGUCUGCCGCGCUCCGACCGCAGCGAAUUCCUGUCCCCGCCGCUCCACGCCACGCCCAAGGCGGGGCCCGGGGGCCGCAGCCCCUCUCGCCAGGGGCCCGGCCUGCCGCUGCACGCCCAGGUGGCCCGCAGCGAGCUCAACGUGCGCCUGCCCAGAGGUUUUGAGCGGCGGCCCCUGAAGCACCCCUCCCUCCCCGAGGGGGCGGAGAGGGAGAGCGCCCCCAGGCCCCCCCGCUCCGGGACCAUCCCCUCCCUGGUGCCCCACCCCCCAAGCUACCCCCUGGUCAAACUGGUGGGGGCGCUCUACACCCUCAAAUGUCGGUUCUGCGAGGUGGAGUUUCAGGGGCCCCUGUCCAUCCAGGAGGACUGGAUCAGGCACCUCCAGCAGCACAUCAUCAAGAUGAACUACAGCAAGCCUGAUGGGCCCCGGGGCCCUGCCUCCACCGACCCUCCAACGCCCCGGGGCCCCGCUUCCACCGACCCGCCCACACCCAGAGGCCCCGUCUCCACUGACCCGACCACGCCCAAGGGCCCCGCCUCCACUGACCUGGCAACACCCCGGGGCCCCGCCUCCACUGACCCGACCCCUCCCAGGGGCCCCGCCUCCACGGACCCACCCACGCCCCGGGGCUCCGCCUCUUCAGACACUAAGACCCCCAAGGGACCAACGUCAAACGGCCCUGCUCCCCCCAGCGGCCUCUCCUCCCCCCAACCCGCUACACUCCGGGCCCCUGGCUCUACAGACCCUCCCACACACAGAGGGGCCACUGACCCUCCUACACAACAGCCUCCUGCCUCCACAGACUCUGCUCCCCCUGGGGGGCCCCGGUCCACCCACCCUGCUGUACCAAGGGCUCCUCCACCCCCAAGCCCUCCGGCGGCCCCCCACAGCGCCCAGGCUGAGGGUCUGUCGGCCGGGGCCCCAGCCCAGGAUGAGGAGGGGUCUUCUGUAGAGGAGGGGCCCAUUCCGGACGGGGGCCCCCCCGCUUGUGUUUCUACCUCUUCCACUGCCGCCGCCGUAGCUCCCCCCUCCGACCCCCCCUCACAGAGACCCCCGGCCCAGGGGGCCCCCACCGUCCCCGGCCCUCAGGGGCCGGAGUUCCCAGAGGAGCAGCCCAUGACAGACUCCGCCCCCGCCCCUGCCCCAGGCCCCGCCCCAUAGGUGUAGACACGCCCCCUCCUGGUCGUUCCACAAGCUUGCCUUUACUCCGCCUUCUUCAUCUGCUUCUUUUAUUUGGCCUUCACUGAGAUGUUCUGAGGACCGCCCCCCCCCCCCCCCCCCGCUCUAGCCUCUCAGACCCCCCAAGCACCUUCGCCUCGCUGCGUCCCUCGACUGUUACUACGGCCCGUUGCCAGGGGGGUAACUCCGAUGCUCUCGGGCCGGUCGUGCGUUACCAUGGUGCGACCGUCCCGUCUCGGACUGGCCGGUUUGCGUUGGGUCGUCCUGAAUGUCUGACUGGGUAUGGACCCUCUGAGCAGAGGUGAACGAGGACUCACCGCACAGUGACCAUCCUACAACCUCCUCCUGACAGGUACACCUUACUCUACUGGUGCUUACUCCCAUUAUGCAUUGCAAACGGUUUGUAGAGGUAUCAGGGGUAUCAAUGGUAUCGUUAGCAAGGGUUUGGUUUAGGUGAAGGUUAGAGAGUGCUAAUUUAGGGUGUUAGGCUAGAGAUGGUUAGUUUAGGUAUGUUUAGUUUAGGGGUUAGGUUAGAGAUGAUUAGUUGAGGUACUUGGUUAUAGUUGGUUAAGUUAAAGUUUAGGUUAGCGAUGGUUAAUUUAGGUACUAGGUUAGAGAUGGUUUAGUUGAAGUUUAGCUUAGAGAUGGUUAAGUUGAUGAUGUAGGGAAAUGCGUAAGAAGUGCAGUUCAAGGGGACCUAUUAUGCUUUUCGACUUUUAUGACCUAUAAACGUUAUAAUGAUUGAUAGUCAUGUUUAACCAUACACAAAAAACGAUGUAGAUUUUCGGGAAACUCUUCCUCUCAUCUGGGCGCUUUCAGCAUUCUCUGUCAACGCUCGGUUUCGUCCUUCUCCGCCCCCUCGCCCCCCUCCUGCCAACCCAACUCCGUUGUGAUUGGUUACCUUCCUUGAAGCGUGCGCGCGGGCAGAUUUGACCAGGCAUAUGGGGGGGCGGCAGGAGUGCCUCUACGUAGAUGAUUUCCCGGAAAUGUGAACAAGUGAAUCGCAAACGUUGUCCCGAGUGUUUAGCGCUCUGUCACCAGGGAAUACGUCGAAAUGCAUGUACGUCAUUAUUUGACACUUUAGUAUGGUUAAACAUGACUAUCAAUCAUUAUAACAACGUUAAUAGGUCAUAAAAGUUGAAAAAUCAUAAUAGGUCCCCUUUAAGGUCCAGGAUCUGAGUUGGAGCGAUGCAUGAUGGGAAUAUCGAUCAGAAGAGAGGGUAUAGUCGCACCCCGAUGCCACCCUGACGCACUUUACCACUGGUGACCCGAUUCUCCGCCCCUCUAGAAGCACUAGUAGCUUUAGCCUUUGUGAUUUCACCAAGAGAGCAUUUGACUGAGAUUAAGUGACACUUUUAUAACCUUUAACAAUGUAAGUCUCGAGGUAGGGACUUUAAACACAUAAAAACGGUUUAGAAACAUGAAUCAAAUACUGAGCACUUAACCCAUUGUCCCUAAUUUACCAGGGCGCAGCAGACGAAGCUGAAUUCUGAUUGGUUUAGGUAGCAGGAAUUGAAAGCACACCUUAAAAGGGAAACAAACCUUUGCUCACUUUUUGACGGGUGGACAUCAACUAAGUCCCUAAAUUACUCUGUUGCCUGAAUGUAGCUGAAGCACCUAAUCGAUGAAUAUAUUUAUAUGCACACAUUUGUAAACAAUCAAAGAUCUAACUUUUGGCCCCAAUUCUCGUGCCGUUUCUAAUGUUUUGUGGCGUUUCUACUCGCACUUUGCUGUGGCGGCCACCAGAGGCGCUGUUGUGCCGAUGGCGCACAAGCUCUUUUUAACUCGCAGUUUCACUUUUUUAUAUUUUCCAUACCAAGUAACGCCAUUUCUUUGUCCUGCCUUUUUCCUUGUAAUCAAAAUUCUUUUAUUUAUUUAUUUCACAUCUGAAUGUGUUAAGUUUAGUCAUUUUUAAGCUAAAACGGAAAAGUCUGACGCUUGAGAACGGUUGUGUGUGAGAGUGUUUGUACCUGGACGUCGGCAGUGUGUGUCCUGCGUCUCCCUCGGACCCUGAACAGAGUGCCGUACUGAGUGCUCCUCCUCAGUCUGUCGGCUCUCUACGUCUGUCCUGUCUUACCUUUGGGACCGGAUGUGCCAAAGAGUGACUUUACUUCCGCGUCUUGCCUCUGUAAAACCUGCUGUUUCCAUCGGAGGCCUUGAGAGAGUACUCCCAGGACCCCUGGGCCCCUGGCUGGACGGCGCGGGGCGGGGGGGGGGCCUGGGGGACCGCCGGGGUCCCACACACCCGCAGCCUCCACUACUUGAAUUACAGAGGGGACGCUUUCAGACUCGUUGAAAUCCAGUAACUCCAGUAACUGUCCAGUAACUGUCUUCAGACGGACGCCACGCAGACGACCGCCAACCAAAACUCUUUCAGCGCAGGGGGCCGCGGCACCGAGGGCCCCUCCUUCCAAACACGCAAACACACGUAUGACCUCGAACAGUCGCCGUUCCACAGACCUCGGGUGUUUUAUCCCUGCAGUGUCAUCGUUAUCGACCCCAACCCGCGUCUCUGGGUCCGUGUUGACCAACCACAUCUCAACCACGUGUUAUUUUCUCCGUAGGAUGACCAUGUUCCAACAUGACUGUUUAACCCACACACACCCCUUCCUCUGAUGUUUUAUGGAGAAUAUAUAUAUAUCUAUACUAUAUAACUACAUGUACUUAACUAAACUGUCGACGCUAGUAGAGCUAUCAGCGGUUUUAUUAGCAAGCUAGUUACAAGGGAAAAAAAAGAAGUGAUCUUAAAAUCCUCUGUUGUGAAUUGAUUUCAACAUUUGAUGCUACGUAUUUUUAUUGCUCUGUGCAUUUCCGUAUUUGCAGUCCUGGAAAGGGUGACUCUUAGAGUGUUUCUUAUUUUUUAUUCCGUAAGAUAGGUUCCGAAACAGCUGAGAGGUAACUGGUGCUGGUGUGAAUGAGACGACGGUGAAGUAUGAUUGGUCCUCUCGUCCUGCUCACAGGACGUUAAACUAAAACAUGAUAAGCCCACGACGACUAGAAACACUCCUCCAAUGUCCGUGUUACAGCAGCCAGAGUCUGUCCCCUCCGGGCAUCACUGGUCAGUUACUGGGCUAACAGUAACUAAUGCAGCCAGUCAUGGUUUAUCUGAAUGUGUCGCUAUACCCCAGCUAGUACAACUGGCUAUAAGGGUUGUGUGUAUGUGUGUGUUUGGGUGUUUGUGUGUGUGUGUGUGUGUGUGUGUGUGUGUGUGUGUGUGUGUGUGUGUGUGUGUGUGUGUGUGUGUGUGUGUGUGUGUGUGUGUGUGUGUGUGUGUGUGUGUGUGUGUGUCUGAGGUAAAAAAAAAACAAGAUUGUUAUGAGAUGACAAAGUAGGGGAAGGAUGCCAAACUGUUUUGUACUCAAAAGGUCAAGGUUCAUCAUGUGAGUCAAUCAGCUCCUAGAAAAAACUAAAAUAAAUGUGAUUUCAAUUUCAAA